AUGUCCCAAGUCCUUCCAGUCACUCUCCCAACAUCCCUAACAAUCACUGAAAACCGGCCAGAUUGGCUCAACUCCGGUGACAAUGCAUGGCAACUCAUAGCUGCCUCUCUAGUAGGCUACCAAAGUGUUCCAGGCCUCAUCAUCCUCUACAGUGGAAUUGUCAAGAAGAAAUGGGCAGUGAACUCUGCAUUCAUGGCCUUAUAUGCUUUUGCUGUUGUCCUCCUCUGUUGGGUUCUUUUCUGUCACUGUAUGGCCUUUGACGAGCAACUUCUUCCGAUCAUCGGCUUCCCUGGAUCUUCGCUUGGAUCGAGCUUUCUUGAGAGCAAAAGCAUUGCAUUGUUUCCAAAUGCUACUUAUACUUUCUUUCAGUUUGCUUUUGCUGCCAUUACUGUUGUAUUGCUUGCUGGUUCACUGCUUGGGAGGAUGAACUUCUAUGCAUGGAUGUUGUUUGUGCCUUUGUGGGUCUCUUUGUCUUAUACUGUUGGUGCCUUCUCUAUUUGGGGUCAGGGUUUUCUUUAUAAAUGGGGCCUUGUGGACUUUGCUGGUGGUUAUGUUAUUCAUCUCUCUUCUGGUGUUGCUGGCUUCACUGCUGCUUACUGGGUUGGGCCUCGGUUAUCCCAUGACAGGCAACAAUUCCCACCAAACAACAUCAUCCACAUGCUUGGUGGUGCAGGGUUUCUUUGGCUGGGUUGGUCUGGUUUUAAUGGUGGUGCAUCUAGUUCAGCUGAUUUGAUUGCAUCUCUUGCUGUACUUAAUACCCACCUUUGCACUGCCACUAGUCUCUCCAUUUGGCUCUCUCUUGACAUGAUUGUUUACAAGAAGAGUUCUGUCAUUGGCGCUGUUCAAGGAAUGAUGACUGGCCUUGUUUGUAUUACUCCUGCUGCAGGUUUGGUGGAGCCAUGGGCAGCAAUGUUAAUGGGAGUCUUAUCAGGCUCAUUACCAUGGUACACAAUGAUGGUAAUCCACAAGAAGUCUUCAUUCUUACAAAAGGUAGAUGACACACUAGGAGUGCUUCACACUCAUGCAGUUGCAGGACUGCUUGGAGGAAUUCUUGGAGGAAUACUAGCACAUCCAAGACUAAUGCGUCUUCAGUAUGGAUAUCACAAGAAUCACCAUGGUUUGUUAUACAGUUUUUUACAAGGCAAUGCUGGGAAGGGAUUGCACCAACUUGGUAUUCAAAUUUUAGGGGCUAUUUUUGUCACAGUGUGGAAUUUGGUGGUGACUAGUGUUAUAUGUGUUUUGAUAAGACAAGUGGUGCAACUAAGGAUGAAAGAAGAGGACCUUAUGGUUGGUGAUGAUGCUGCUCAUGGUGAGGAGGCUUAUGCCAUUUGGGGUGAUGGUGAGAAGUCAAUAGUUUAUGUUAGAAGAGCUGUUACUCCUAAGUUGCCUGCCUUUUUCCGUUUUGAGCUUUUUUGACUUCUUGUUUUCUUCUUGAAGUGAAGUGGUUUAUGGUUAUAUAUUGUAUGUGUAAAUGA